AUGACAUUGUCAACGUUCGAAAUCAACAAACAAGUGCCUGAAGCGAUAUCAGGGGAGGAGGCAUUUACAGAUAUACAAAAUUGGAGAAGUCUUGAGGCAUAUAAUUGUUGCCACUUCCACAAGCGAUUGAGCAAGUGUCAUCAAUUAGUGGCAAUUGUUGGGCCUUGGGAAUCUCAUAUUAGUAGGGAAGGAAAGAAGUAUAAGUUAGCAAGAAUCAUGGGAUUGACAUUAACAUCGGCAAAGAAGUUGAUCUGUACGAUGGAAAGUGAUGGGAAGUCUACAAGUUGGCCUAUAGCUUGCUUCUUCAAAAUUAUCCUUGAACCUCGUUUUGACCUCCAAAAAUUGGAACUUCCAAGCAAAUUUAUGAGAAUUCAUGGAGAUGAUCUCUCUAACACCAUAUACCUAAAUAUUCCAACCGGUAAAGUAUGGAAAAUCAACCUGGUAAGAGGAAACGGCAAGGCUUUCUUGCAAAAAGGUUGGCCAGAAUUUGUGGAGUUUUACUUAUUGAAGCAUGGACACUUCUUAAUGUUCAAAUAUGAAGGCAAAUCUCGCUUCGAUGUUGUAAUUUGUGACAUGAGCGCCUCUGAGAUCGAAUAUCCAAUCGAUCUCGAAACGAGUAGGAAAAACCUUCCAAAGAAGAGGAAAACUAUUGACCUCACUAAACCUAGUUCUUCAAAGAAAGCGAAAAUUGUCAUGGAUGAUAAGCUCAUAAUAUCUUAUAAUAGAAGAUGGCCUCCUGGUCUAACUCCUGAGGAAACUAAGAGAGUUCGCGCUUAUUAUGCUCAUAACUGUAAGCAUCCAUCAUUUGCGACGAAACUGACUCCAUCUUCUGUUGAGUAUACUUUUAAUACGGGUGUACCUAAAGAAUUUGUGAAGACAUACUUGGACAAAGAACCUAGAACUUGCAAGUUCUACCUCCAAACUAGUACUGGAAAAACUUGGCCUGUUGUCAUGACGGCUGGUGGUGAUGGCCGUGUGAAGUUAACUGCGGGAUGGAGAAUUUUUACAUUGGCUAACAAAUUGCAAGUGGGUGAUAUCUCUAUCUUUGAGUUGAUCAACAAACAAAAGUUCAACGUUCACAUACUUCGUCUUGCUGAUGCAAAGGAAAAUCGCGAAAAUAUAGCAAUCAACAUUGAAGAAAUUGAGUAG